CAAUAUCACCUGGAUGGGCUAAAGGAAAUAAGAGACAGGAGUAGAGCACCUGGUCUUCCCUUUGGGUACUUCUACCAUCUGGAAAAGCAGAUUCUCUGUUCCUGGGAAACGAAAGAUUGACAGAACUGAAAAUGACCAGGAAGAGGAUAUACUGGGUCCCCAGGUCUUCUGGUGGCCUCGUGAAUCUUGGCAUGGACAUGAGUGACGACAUGGUUUCAGGACUUAGUUAUAAAACUUACACCCUAGAAGACAGCCCCUGGGGCCAGCAGGUGACGAAGCCUGAAGCACAAGGGACAGCAACAGAGCUCCACUGGGGGAAGUAUGAUGCUGCCUGGAGAACAAUGAUUCCCUUCCGUCCCAAGCCAAAGUUUCCUGCCCCUCAGCCCAUGGACGAUGCUGGCUUGUUCUCCUACCUCACGUUGUCAUGGCUCACUCCACUCAUGGUCCAAGGUUUGCAGAGAUGCUUGGAUGAGAACACUAUCCCCCAACUGUCAGUCCAUGAUGCCUCAGAUAAAAAUGCUAAAAGGCUCUGCCUUCUUUGGGAAGAAGAAGUCUCAAAGCAUGGGGUGGAAAAGGCUUCAGUGUUUCGAGUGAUGAUGAGGUUUCAAAGAACAAGGGCUAUUUUGGAUGUAUUUCUGGGCUGCUGCUUCUCUAUCCUGACCGUGCUAGGGCCGAUGCUGGUUAUACCAAAGAUCCUGGAAUAUUCUGAAAAGCAGUCGGGAGGUAUUGCCUAUGGAGUAGGGCUCUGCUUUGCCCUCUUUCUCACAGAGUGCAUAAAGUCUCUGUGUCUGUGUUCCUGCUGGGUCUUAAACCAGCGCACAGGCAUCAGGUUUCGUUCUGCUGUUUUCUCCUUUGCCUUUCAGAAGCUAAUGCAAUUUAAGUCUCUAACACACAUCACCACGGGAGAGGCCAUCGGCUUCUUCGCCAACGACAUAAACUACCUGUUUGAAGGGGUGUACUAUGGCCCCCUGGUCUGUCUCAUCUGCUCAUUGCUGAUUGCCUGCACUGUCACCUCCUACCUCAUUUUUGGACCCACCGUGCUCUCUGCCACUAUUUUCUACCUCCUGAUUUUACCAUUGGAGGUGUUCUUGAACAGAAAGAUUGUCAAGAUACACCAUCAUACAUCUGAGGUCAGUGACAAGCGCAUCCGAGUGACCGGUGAAGUUCUCACCUGCAUCAAGCUGAUUAAAAUGUAUGCAUGGGAGAAACCAUUAAAAAAAAUAAUUAAAGACCUCAGAAAGAAGGAAAGGAAACUAUUGGAGAAGUCUGGGAUCUUCCAGAGCCUGACCACUGCAUUCUUGUUUAUGGCCCCUACAGUGGCCACAACAGCGAUGUUCCUCAUCCACACGGGUUUACAAAGGAAACUCACAAUUUCACUAGCCUUCACCGUGUCAGCCACAAUGAAUCCCAUGCGGCUCUCAGUGUUCUUAGUGCCCUUUGCUGUAAAAGGCCUCACAAAUUCCAAGUCUGCAGCAGAGAGGUUCAAGAAAUUUUUCCUCCAGGAGAGCCCUGUUUUAUAUGUCCAAGCAUUGAGCGACCCCAGCAAAGCACUGGUGUUGGAGGAGGCCACCUUGUCAUGGCAAGAGACCUGCCCUGGGAUUGUCAAUGGAGCCUUGGAGCUGGAGAAGAACGGGCAUGCUCCCGAGGGGGUGACCAGGGCUCAGCCACCUCUAGGAGCCCUCAGGCCAGAAGACUCAUGGGGCAGCCCACCCCCAGGGUUGCACAAGUUAAACCUGGUGGUGUCAAAGGGGACCAUGUUGGGGGUCUGUGGCAACACUGGAAGUGGCAAGAGCAGCCUUCUGUCAGCCAUCCUGGGGGAGAUGCACUUGCUGGAGGGCUCGGUAGGGGUGCAUGGAAGCCUGGCUUAUGUUCCCCAGCAGGCCUGGAUCUUCGGAGCUAGCAUCAGGGAGAACAUCCUCAUGGGAGGCCAGUACGACAGAGCCCGGUACCUCCAGGUGCUCCAUUGCUGCUCCCUGAACCAGGACCUGGAAAUUCUGCCCUUUGGAGACAUGACGGAGAUUGGGGAACGGGGCCUCAACCUUUCUGGGGGGCAGAAGCAGAGGAUCAGCCUGGCCCGCGCCAUCUACUCAGACCGCGAGCUCUAUCUGCUGGACGACCCCCUAUCUGCCGUGGACGCCCACGUGGGGAAGCACAUCUUUAAGGAGUGCAUUAAAAAGAUGCUUAGGGGGAAGACCAUCAUUCUGGUGACCCAUCAGCUGCAGUAUUUAGCAUUUUGUGACCAGAUUAUUUUGCUAGAAGAUGGGAAAAUCUGUGAAAAAGGAAUUCACAGUGAAUUAAUACAGAAAAAGGGACGAUACGCCCAGCUCAUUGAGAUCAUGGAGAAAGAAGCCACACAGGAUGUACUGCAGGACACAGCAAAGACAGCAGAAGAACCUCAGGGGCAAGAGCAAGCUCAGACUGCCUUCCAGGAAGAGCCUGUCCAUGAAAGAGCACCUGUGCUGGAAAAUCAGCUCACAAGGAAGGAGAAGAUGGAAGAAGGGUCCCUGAGGUGGAGUGUCUACCAUCACUACAUCCGGGCAACUGGAGGUUACAUGGUCUCUGCCAUUGUUUUAUUUCUCAUUAUGUUGAUUAUCUUCUUCACGACCUUCAACUUCUGGUGGCUGAGCUAUUGGUUGCAGCAGGGCUCAGGGACCAAUAGCAGCCAAGAGAGCAAUGGAACUAUGGCAGACCCAGGCGACAUACUGGACAACCCUCAGCUGCCAAUUUACCAACUGGUGUACGGCCUCAGUACGGUGUUGCUAAUCUUCAUGAGCAUCUGCUUCUCAUGGGCCUUCACCAAGCUCAUGAGGAAAGCAUCCACCACCCUGCACAGCAAACUCCUUAGCAAGGUUUUACGCUGCCCCAUGAGCUUCUUUGACACAAUCCCAGUAGGCCGACUCCUGAACUGCUUUGUGGCAGACUUGGAUGAGCUGGACCAGUUGUUGCCCGUUGUUGCUGAAGAAUUCCUGAUCCUGUUUUUGAUGGUGGUUGCCAUCUUGUUGGUUGUCAGUGUGCUGUCUCCAUAUACCCUGCUGAUUGGAAUCAUAUUAGUCACUAUUUGCCUUGUUUAUUAUCUGAAGUUUAAGAUGGCCAUCAGCAUGUUCAAGAGACUGGAGAACUACAGCCGCUCCCCUCUGCUCUCCCACAUCGUCACCACUCUGCAGGGCCUGAGCUCUAUCCACAUCUAUGGAAAAACUGAAGACUUCAUCAGCAAGUUUAAGAGGCUGAGUGAUACGCAGAAUAACUACCUGCUGAUGUUCCUGUCCUCCUCGAGAUGGAUAGCACUGAGGAUGGAGACCAUGACCAACCUGCUGACCUUGACUGUGGCCUUGUUUGUGGCUUUUGGCAUUUCCUCUGCCCCCUAUUCCUAUAAAGCCAUGGCUAUCAGCCUCAUCCUGCAGCUGGCGUCCAACUUCCAGGCCACUGCCAGGAUUGGUUCAGAGACAGAGGCAUACUUCACUUCUGCAGAAAGGAUGCUGCAGUACAUGAAGAUGUGUGUCCCCGAGGCUCCUUUACACACGGAAGGUAUGAGCUGUCCUCCUGGGUGGCCACAGCAUGGAGAAAUAACAUUCCAGGAUUAUCAGAUGAAAUACAGAGACAACACACCCAUUAUCCUUAAUGGCAUCAACCUGACAAUUCAUGGCCAAGAAGUGGUGGGCAUCGUGGGAAGGACAGGCUCUGGGAAAUCCUCCUUGGGAGUGGCUCUCUUCCGCUUGGUGGAGGCUGCAGCAGGCCGGAUUCUCAUCGAUGGUGUGGACAUCAGCAGCAUUGGCCUGGAGGACCUGCGGUCCAGGUUCUCGGUUAUCCCUCAAGAUCCUGUCCUGCUCUCAGGAACCAUCAGAUUCAACCUAGACCCUUUUGACUGCUAUACAGAUGAGCAGAUAUGGAAUGUCUUGGACACGACAUUCCUGAGAAUGACAGUCUCAAAAUUACCCCAAGGACUGCAAGCAGAAGUUGUGGAAAGUGGCAAAAACUUCUCUGUUGGGGAGAGGCAGCUGUUCUGCAUUGCAAGAGCAGUCCUUCGCAAGUCCAAGAUCAUCCUUAUUGAUGAAGCCACAGCCUCCAUUGAUGUGGAAACCGAUACCCUGAUCCAGCACAUGAUCCGUGAAGUCUUCCAGGGCUGCACUGUGCUGGUCAUUGCACACCGCAUCACCACUGUGCUCAACUGUGACCGCAUCCUGGUCAUGAACAAGGGGGAGGUGGUAGAGUUCGACAGGCCUGAGAUACUGCAGCAGAAGCCUGAGUCUAUGUUUGCUUCCCUGUUGGCCACAGCCAAUUUUUCAAUGAGCUAAAGGGGACCGGUGACUGCAUGGAGGCUGAUGGUACAGCAAGUGCAGCUGUGAGGCUUGAAGUCUAUGACCUUGUGUAGAGAUGGCUAGUUCUCCUGAAAGAAGGGCUGAAAUGUGCUCAGGAGGUGCUGGCAAUGGGACAGAAGAGAAGAUCAAGGGGAGCAGAACCUGGAAUAGGCCGCUCUGUGGCUCCCCAGACCUGAGAAACGCACCCCCCCGACACACACCAUUUGAGACCAUGUAACAAAUCAUCAUGUGCCUCUUUUUAACUGAUAUGUUGAGUAAUUUCAUAACAAUGUAAAAGCUUAUUAUGGGUUUCUGGAUCUGUGAAAAGUAUUGCAAA